CUUCAACAGCAAGCAAGCAGCGUGCGCACCAAAUCACGUGGCUAGCUCACCUUAACAGCAACAGCCUUAUAGGAGCCUGGGCGCCCAAGUCGCUGUUUGGACUCGCAGAAAUGUAUCGCAAGUUGUAACUUGAAGUCGCUAUUCGCUGCCACAAAAGCUUCAACUAUGUAUCUUGAGAGCGUUUUGAAUGCACAGGGGCUUCACGCAUUCGUUGAUUCCAAUUGGCGCGGACGCAAGGGAGGAGCGUUUCCACUUUCUAGCUCAUCAAACAUGGGCAGGACACCGGGCAGCUUACAAAAGGUACUGGUUCAGCGGCAAGCACCUGUACAUCAAGAUGGCGGACCCGGGUGCGGGGGAUUACCGGCUGAUGGGGCGGGACCCCUACUCCGCCUGCCCCUGGGUGUCCGGCACCCCCUCCGCCCCCAACCCCUCCACCGGCACCUCCUACCCGCCCAACCCGCUGUCCCCCGGCGCGCGGUUCUGCCCCCUGGCCGCCGACCCCGCAACCGACGUCUCCGACUCGCCACCCGCCGCCUACAACAGCUGGAUGGACCCCUUCUGCACCGACGUCGCGCCGCCGGGCUCUGUGCUGGGCUGCUCCCAGGUGGCGGCUCAGGGCCAGUGCGGCAGUGGCGCCAUCCGCGCCCCGCCCGACCCGCACGCGGCAGUCAUUGGCGGCUACUGCGCAGUCAGCUGCGGCGUGUGCGUGCAGGGGGUGCGCACGUGCGUGGACCGAGCGCCGCCGGGCGCCCAGCACCGCGCCGCCUGCAAUGGGCCAUGGCGCAUAGCUUGGACAGAGGCUGCAAGGGCUGCCAGCACACGCCGCCAUGACGGGUAGGUGCGUGGCACACGCAGUCAGCUGCACAAGCAGAUCAAUGGUCACGCGCCGAUGUGAUGUGCCACUGGUUGCUGGCUAGGUGGAUGGGAUGCUGCUGGCUUUGGUGGGUGCGUGCCGCAAGCCGCCAGCGUGGGGCUGCAAGCAAGGGUUCCCGGAGCAAUCUGCAGAUUCCCGGAGCAAUCUGCAGAUUGCGGAGGAAUGUGUCGCCUCCAAAACUGUCCGUCCGUGCGUGCGUAUACGGCACAAUCCCGAGGGCGCUCGCCCUUCCGCUCGCCACAGCCGCGCGGCCGGCGGUGAUAUGCAGUGUUGUAGCAGUCGCAUACUAGAUAUGCACGAUAUCAAAAAUGGGGGCGCGGCGCCGGCCGCGCGCGGAGAAAUCAGGUCGCGACGGUUUCGCGACAUAAAAAUGUUGCGAGCGGUCCCACGCGGUACGCGGCGCGAGUCCGCACCGAUAUGUGCAUAAUGUGAAUUCG